ACUCGGCUAUACUCAAUGUAUUCAAUAUUGUUUUCACUUUUCGAUUUAUUAUAAAUUAAAAAUGAUUGGUAAUUUUAUUAAACCUUAAUUUAUCCCAAUUUAUUAAACUCGUUUGGAAUAAUACAUACUUAUAAAUAUAUAUAAGAAGAGGAAUGGCUGAUAAGGAGAAAAACCAAAAGACAGGAUUUGUGAUUAAGUUAUCCUGUGAAACAGUGCAAAAAUUAUCCGAAGAAGACGAUAAAGCUAAACAAGCUAAUACAAAUUCUGCAUUAAAUAUAGCUGCUGUGUCUAAUGAUAGAAAAGACCAAGGCGUUGUUGUACUGAACGAUAAUGAUAAAAAAUGUGUAGAGAGUAGUGACAUUAAGGAACGUUUUGAUAAUUCAUGGGGCGAUUAUGCUCCUUAUGUAUCUUAUGAAGGGGAAGACGCUAUUUACACAGACCCUAGCACACAACAAAAAUAUUUAUGGAAUAAAAGCACUAACGCAUGGGAUCCAAGCCCAGGAAGUGAAAUUUCCAGCCGAGUGUAUAGUUAUGAAAAUGAUACACAUGUAUACACUGAGGCUGAUGGUUCUAAAUUCUUUUGGGAUGAUGAAAAAAAAGGUUGGGUGCCUAAAGUCGAUGAUGACUUUUUAGCCCUCUAUCAAAUGUCAUAUGGUUUUGUGGAUAACACUCUUAAGGAGGAAUCUAAAGAAGAAAAAAAGAAAAAUACCGAAAAGCUUAAGCUUCAAGAGAGUGGUAUCAAAAGAAAAAAUGAACCACAGUGGUUUGAACCAUCUGAUGACAAAAAUACUAAGGUUUAUGUUUCAAACUUGCCUUUAGAUACCACUGAAGAAGAGUUUGUUAAUUUAAUGCAGAAGUGUGGUCUUGUAGAGCGAGAUCCAAGCACACAGAAGAUGAAAAUAAAGAUGUACAUGGACAAGGAGCAGAACUGUUUCAAAGGUGAUGCACUUUGUACUUAUAUCAAACUUGAAUCUGUUGAACUGGCAUUGAACUUACUUGAUGGCAGUGAUGUGAAAGGUAAUAAAAUUAAAGUUGAAAAAGCACAUUUUCAGUUGAAAGGUGAAUACAAUCCUGCAUUGAAGCCUAAGAAAAAGAAAAAGAAAGAACUGGAAAAAAUAAAGAAGAUGCAGCAAAAACUGUUUGAUUGGAGACCAGAGAAGUUUAUUGGUGAAAGGUCAAAACAUGAAAGGGUUGUUAUUGUUAAGAAUUUAUUUCAUCCAACAGACUUUGACCAAGAUGUACAGCUGAUACUAGAUUAUCAGCAGGAUCUGAGAGAGGAAUGCAGCAAGAGUGGGGAGGUGAGAAAAGUUGUAAUUUUUGAUGGUCAUCCUGAAGGAGUAGCACAGAUUACAAUGAAAGAGCCAGAACAAGCAGAUGCUGUUAUACAGCUUAUAAAUGGAAGAUGGUUUGGUAAAAGACAGAUAACAGCUGAAGUGUGGGAUGGGAAAACAAAGUAUAAGAUUGCUGAAACUGAUGCUGAUAUAAGCAAAAGGAUAAAUAAGUGGGAUAAAUUCUUAGAAGGUGGUGAAUAUGAGAAAUCUGAUUCCCAAUCAAGUAAGACAUUGGACAAAACCAAUGAAAGUACAUCAAAGUGUGCUGUUAAUGAAAUAAUAGCUGAAGGUGCAAAAGUUUAGUUGUAGGUCAGGGUGUUCCUUUUGAUACAUUUGUUGUAUAGUAGGUUAGGGAAAGAGUUUCUUUACAUUCUAUAUGACAACUCAAGGCCUUUUUUAUUUAUUCACAUUUAAUAACAGUUUGUAUGUGCCAUUUUGUUACGCUUAAUUAGUUAACUUCAUUAUGUUUCAACAAGCAUUAAAUGAGAACAUUGUUCAUUAGAUUAGUAAGCUCAAGUGGCACCCAAAUUUUUUGUGUACCAAGCCUUGUUCAAAUGGAUCAAAACAUUUUUUAUCAAUUAUGUCUUCAUUAAUAAUAUGGCCAUCUUGCUCUAUAUUUUAAAUAAUGGUGUCAAUGGACACCACAAUAUGUUACCCAGGGUGACCAGAGCCAUAGAGAAUCAUCACAUUUUGAUUUUCAUUUUGACAUCUAAAUUCCCAGAUUGAAAACAACAACCAUAAUAUUGUGGAAACAAAGUUUUAAUAUUUCUUUUUUACAAAUGUAACCUUUUUAAUGUUAUUAAAACCAGCCAGUUACAAAUAGUACAGCCAAAGCGAUUCUAUAUGUCACAUGCAAAAAUACUUUUUCUUUGACCUAUUAUAAAGUUAAUAUUAAACUAAUUAUUGAUCAUUAUUAAUAAUAAUUAUUGAUGAUCCAUAUAGCCCAAUGGUUAAUGACUUGCAGAGGCGUGCAUUGGUUUUCUAGUAAGGUAGGCACUGUGCAUCUAAGUAGUUGUAAUUGAGCUUUUGAAUACGCAAAGAUUGCUUAUUUUUUAAGCGAAAGGAAAACUUAUGUGUUCAAUAGAAGUUUUGUAAUAAAUUAACGGAACCAAAUUAAACUUAAUUAACUUCAACAAUAGUUCUAUAUGUGUUUAGGUUCAUAACGAGGUAGGCACUGCCUAAUUGUCUAUAUCAUAUGCAUGCCUCUGGUGACUUGUUCACUGAGUUAGAGGUCCCGGGUUGGAAUCCCGGCAGGUGCAAACAUGAUGAAUAUGGUUUCUUACAGAGUCAAGGAUGUUUAUAUGUAAUCAAUGUAUGUUUAAGUAUGUAGUUAUAUUAAAUAUAUUGUUGUCAUGCAACCUCUACAACAGAGUAUACAGUCCAUUUGGGGCAAGAUAAUAUUUUGUGUAAAAUGUGUUUUAUUGUAAUACAAAGCAUAAUAUUAUGGAUACCUAUCAUAAUAAAAAUAUUUUGUUGAAUUGCUAUUCAA